UUUUAACAUUAAACUAGAGCUAGGCACUGAGUGUAAUUAAUUAUCAAAAGCCAGUGUUACACCAAAAGAAUAUUCCUGUGUAAAUGCUUCAGUUAUUUCUGGUCAGCGUAUCCCUGAACGUGUGUGUUCUGUACAUCUCCUGUGUCAGAGGUUACAUCUCUCGGGCUACUUGCCCGCACCCUUGCAACUGUACAACGUACAAGAGCCACCACGCCAUUGACUGCAGUGACAGACACCUUUCCACGAUCCCUUACUUUGGUGACUAUGUUGGACAUCUCGAAAACGUGCGCGUAGAUUUGGACCUGAGAGGAAAUCGAUUCGAAUACAUUCUGAAGAACUCGUUCUACAACCUGAAAGAUCGGCUCCGGUCCCUGGUGAUCUGGAACAAUAAAUACAAAAUUGAAGUCGCACGCGGGGCCUUCGACACGUUUCUGGACAGCCUCGAGCUGCUGAUGAUAGAGCCGCUGGCAGACGACAUCCCGACUGCUGUUAAAAUGAUGAGCCAUCUGAAAAGGCUCAGAGAGCUCCACCUGAGUACCAGAACUGAAGAUAAGACGAUUUUAUCAGCCCACCUCUCCGGUCUCUCGAUUAGAAAAUUUGCGUUGGUCAACUGUGGGUUUUACGACAUCGCUGAGGACGUCUUCAAAGAUGUGAAUCUUGAAACUUUAAUUUUGAAUAACAACCAACUGACCUCAUUCCCGAAGGAGAUCACCAGGGCAAUAUCAGACUCGGUGUUACAUCUGUCCUUGGCCGGAAAUAGAAUUCAAGAAUUGAAAGAUAGCGACAUUCCGUUGGACUGCAAAUUGGUCACUCUUGAUCUUAGCUCGAAUAACAUUACAUCACUUGACGAAGGGGUUCUCAUACGCUGCCCGGGUCUUAAACACUUCAAUGUCUCAAAC